AUGCCCUCCAACGAGAUACUAGCACCUCAUCCGUUGAGCACCUCCAUCCCGCACAAAGGUGCCUCAAUGGACAGUGUAGAAGCAAUGAUACACAAGCAGAUGGCAGGCGAUGUACCUCCAUCUCGAGAUCUUGGGAGAUUCACCACGACUAAACACGACAAUACUGCCACUCGGCUCUUUAACGUGGGCAAUGCUCGGAACCAGGCAUGUAUUGAAGAGUAUCCCUCAAUUGCAAGCUUUCAAACUGAAUGUGUUUCCAUCAUAGCCGGUCUCUGGAAUGCACCAUCGACUGGUUUCAUGGGAACUGCAACCACAGGCUCAUCAGAGGCUGUCCUACUGGGUGGCUUGACAAUGAAACGUCAAUGGCAGAUCAAGCAGCCUGACGUCCUCAAUUCCUGUCCCAACGUCAUUAUUGGUGCGAACGCACACAUUUGUGUCAAUAAGUUCGCUGGUUACUUCAACGUCGAGGCACGGAUAGUACCCGUCAGCGAGAGUACUGGUUUUGCAGUGGAUGCGGAGGCUCUGAGAGACAUGUUGGAUGAAAACACCGUGGGUGUCUUCUUGACACUGGGCAGUACCUACACCGGUCACUAUGAUCCCAUCCAGCGCAUUGCAAACAUCCUGGAUGAUUACGAGAGCCGGACUGGCCACGACAUUCCAAUUCAUGUGGAUGCCGCAAGUGGUGGUUUUGUUGCACCGUUCACUCCCAGCAAUGAGACAUUCAUAUGGGAUUUCCGUCUUCCGCGGGUGCAGUCCAUCAACGCCUCGGGCCACAAAUACGGCAUGGCUCCCCUGGCUGUUGGGUGGAUGGUAUGGCGUGACAAAUCAAAGAUUCCCCAAGAACUCCUGCUGGAGUCUUCCUACCUGCGGGGCUCGCACACCAAUUUCUCGCUGAGUUUCUCGCGCUCUGGAGCUCCCAUCGUUGGUCAGUACUACAGCUUCCAUCGUCUGGGGCUGGCUGGAUAUCGAGAGCGGGUUCAAACUAUGAUGAGCCGUGCUAAUUUGCUGGGCACGCGGCUGGAGGAUACGGGAUAUUUCUCUUGCUUGGCCGAUUCUCGGCGGCUUGUGUCUCACAAGGCAAAUGAGAUCAACACCUGCUGCCAGGAAGGUCGCUGUACUGAAGCUCCUGAACUUCCAAUUGUGGUUUUCGGGUUUUCUGAGCACGUGCUGGCAACUUACCCUAAGUUACGCCUGUCAGAUGUCAGCAAUGCAAUGCAUGAUCUGAAAUUCUCUAUUCCUAACUAUACUCUAGCUGGCUGGAGAGCUCAGGGAGAAGACAUUGAUAUCAUGAGGGUUGUAAUUCGAGAUGAGAUGACUAUUGAGGUCUUGGAAGAGGUGUUGACUGGCCUCACAAAUGCGGUCGAAUGCCUCAUCAGAUAA